AGUGUGUUUGUGUGUGUGGGCGGCGGGGCCAAGAUGGCGGCAGAGAUGGAGGAGAAGGGGUUCGAGCACAUGGGGCUGGACGGGCGGCUGCUGAGGGCGGUGGCAGAGCUGGGCUGGGCAGUGCCCACGGCCAUCCAGGCCCGCGCCAUCCCGCUGGCCAUGGAGGGCCGCGACCUGCUGGCCCGGGCCAGGACGGGCUCGGGGAAAACCGGAGCGUACGGGCUGCCCCUGCUGCACAAACUGCUGGGCAUCAAAGAGGCGUCCCCGGCCGUGCCGCAGGCCGUGCGGGCGCUGGUGCUGGUGCCCUCUGCGGAGCUGGCGCGGCAGGUGGGGCACACCCUGCGCCGCCUGGCCGCCUUCUGCGCCCGCCAGCUGCGCGUGGCCGAGCUCUGCGGCCACUCGGACAUCGCCGAGCAGCGGCCGGUGCUGAUGGAGCAGCCGGACAUCGUGGUGGGCACGCCUGGCCGUGUCCUGGCACACGUGGCCGGGCACAGCCUGGCACUGCGGCCGUGGCUGGAGCUGCUGGUGCUGGACGAGGCCGAUCUGCUGCUGUCCUUCGGCUUCGGGGACGACAUCCGCGCCCUGCUCUGGUGCAGGUGGUGCCCCCCGAGCCGCGGCUGCCGGGCCGUUCCCAUCUCCAGCAGUUCCCCAGUGCAGGUGGUGCCCCCCGAGCCGCGGCUGCCGGGCCGUUCCCAGCUGCAGCAGUUCCAGCUGCGCUGCGGCACCGAGGAGGACAAGUUCCUGCUGCUGGCGGCGCUGCUGAAGCUGCGGCUGCUGCGGGGCCGCGCGCUGCUCUUCGUGGGCAGCCUGGCCCGGGCCUUCCGCGUCAAACUCUUCCUGGAGCAGUUCGGGAUCGCCGCCUGCGCCCUCAACCCGCAGCUGCCCGCCCGCUCCCGGUGCCACGUCAUCGCCCAGUUUAACCGGGGUCUCUACGAUUACAUCGUGGCCACCGACGAGGAGGGGCCGGCGGAGCCCCCCAGACACCGCCCGCGCAAGGGGGGCACGGCCAGGAAGGGUGACAAGAAGGGGGACAGGAAGGGACAGCCACCCCAGUGUCCCCAGGACCCCGAGUUCGGCGUCUCCCGUGGCAUCGAUUUCCAGAACGUCGCCGCCGUCAUCAACUUCGAUGUCCCCAACUCCGUGGAGACCUACAUCCACCGCGUGGGCAGGACGGCGCGUGGGGACAGCCCUGGCACGGCGCUGACGCUGGCACUGCCCGACGAGCUGGAGGGGCUGCGGCGCAUCGAGGACACGCUGGCAGCAGAGAACGGGCAGUCCAUGCUGCAGCCCUACGAGUUCCGCAUGGAGGAGAUCGAGACGCUGCGGUACCGCUGCAGGGACGCCAUGCGUGCUGUCACCAAGCAGGCCGUGCGCGAGGCGCGGCUGCGGGAGCUGCGCCAGGAGCUGCUCAACUGCGAGAAGCUCAAGGUGUAUUUUGAGGACAAUCCCCGGGACCUGCAGGCGCUGAGGCACGACCGGCCCCUGCACCCGGCCAGCGUGCAGCCACACCUGGGCCACGUGCCCGACUACCUGGUGCCCCCCAGUCUCCGCGGCAUCGCCGACCCCAACCCCAAAAAGAGGAAAUGUCCCCGAGGGGCCGGGGCCCGGCGCGGGGGGAGCAAGGUGAGGGACCCCAAAUCCCCCCAAAAUCCCCCCUGAACCCCAAAUCCCCCAAUUCCACCCCCAAAAUC